GUCCCAGCGCGCACCACGCGGGGCCGUGUCUGGGCUGUGCUUGCGGCAUGGAGGCGCUGGGGCAGCGGCAUCGCUCUCUCUACAAGGGGGCCGCAGCCCCGCCCUGGAAGGAGACCUACCGCCGGCGCUGUGUGGAGAGACUUAAAAACAGUCGUGCCAAGCUGCUGGAUCGAUACCGCCAGGCCGGGGAGAAUGUGCACUGCAAUGCGAGGGGUGCUUUUCUCGUGCAGGAGGUGAUGGAGGAGGAGUGGCAGACCUUGCAGUCAGUGAAUGUGAGCCUGCCCUCCCUCAGGAGAAAGGAGGCGCUGUCACAGGUGUUGGAGGACCCUGAUGAACUAGCAGUACUGGAGGAAAUCCAACAAGAGCUGAUCUCACAAGAACAGUUGACAAUAGAAGAAUAUGAACGGAGUCUGCAGUUUGACCAGGAGUGCCUCAAUGCAAUGCUUGACAGCUUGGACGCAGGCAACAAGAUUAUCUGUCCAAUGUGUAAAAGGAAUAACCUGACUGUGAUGAGUCAUUUGGUUUUAUGCCAGUGUGGAUUAUACAUCAGCACACAGGGCAUGACAGAACAGAAGCUCCGGUCACUUCUAGAAGAGAGUGUAACAGAACAUGGUCAUCAGUGUCUUCACAAUCCUGAGUUCUCCUUCACUAGUGGAAUGGAGGGAGAAGCCAAUCUUCUCAUGAGCUGUCCGGUGAGUCUAAAUUGCCACGGGAGUCUCGGGGAAGCAUCCCCAUUCAUGUGUGCUUCUCCAUGUAGUAGGCAAAAACAAAUCAACCUAUUCAACUUAAAGGUUAAGCUGCUCCCCUUUCAACCGUGCCCUCACACCCCACCACACCCCUUUUGGGAAGCUGCUGGGUUUGCAAAAACAUGGCAUUUCUAUGAGGAACAUGACAGUAGGGUUUCAUUCCAUUUUCUAAUUUGGCUACUUGUCCUUUACAUGUAUGAUAUGCAGUAUGUAUUUCCAUGCCAUGUAACACAAAUGGAACUAUUGGGCUAAGUAAUUAUCUAUAUCCUGAAUAAACAGGCUAUUUUACUAAAACCAAAGAUGUCUUUAAAAUAUAAGUUACUCUUCAUCUUUGUUUCCUUUUUUCUAGUUGUCUCAUCUUAGACAACCUAGUGAAACUGAUUCAUGUGUGUUUUACUUUCUGGUUCUCCUGCACUAGCACAGUGCUGCAAAGUUUGGAUUGCAAACGCUGCAGGGAAUGCUUAAAUCCCCAAGACCACCCUUUUCAUUUCAGUAACAAGCUGUGAAACCAUUUUGAUUUAAGCGUACUGAAAGCUUGUUUAUAGAAGUCCCAAAUGUUGUGCUGAAAUCAACAUAACCUUUAGACAGAGUAUGGUCCCUUCUUGAGUUUCUCCCUGUGAAUAGACCAAACCCAGGUUUAGGGGGCGCCUCUUAGCAUUAGUUGUCCUAGUGUUAUAAUUACGGUUUUAUAGUCUAUACCUGUAAGUGACUGGGCAC